UUUUUUUUGACUAUAAACUGCUGCGACCAAGCAAGCGUAUAGUUGUGUACUACAAGUCCGUCUCGACAGGUCUUAAAAUUGUUAAGUUUUUGUUAAUCCUCAAGUGUAUUAACAAUUAAAUCUAGCAAUCAUGCUUGACAAAAUAUAUUGGGUCGGUAGUUACUUACAUUUGCUGGCAAUGAUUGCCUUGCUAGUGAAAAUUUGGGCUACUCAAGAUUGCACUGGCAUAAGCAUCAAAUCUCAAUUCCUGUACGCUGUGGUAUUUACGACGAGAUAUCUGGACGUGUUCACGACUUUCAUAUCUAGAGAGAAUACCUUCUUCAAGAUUAUUUACAUCCUGCUAACUUAUGUCACUUUAUUCUCGAUGACCUUUUUAUUCUGGAAAACUUACGAGAAGAAGUAUGACAUAGCUAGAUUGGAGAUACUGAUGAUCCCGUGCAUCGUGAUAGCCCUGCUAGUGAAUUACGAGUUCAGCUAUUUGGAAAUAUUGUGGACUUUCAGCAUAUAUCUGGAAGCAGUUGCGAUGGUGCCGCAAUUUCAUUUCGUUCACAGGUCCAAGCGCAUCCACAAGCACAUUAUCUGCUACAUCGCCGCGAUAUGUAUCUACAAGGCGCUUUAUAUCGCGCACUGGGCCUAUCAGUAUUUUUACCAGAGCCACCACUACGACAAGCUCAGUUUAAGCGCUGGCAUGGUGCAGUUAGUUUUGUAUUGCGACUUUUUUCGGUGCAUUUUGCCGUUGCUGUUCAACGGCAAAAUGCACGACGUUCAACCGACUGUGGCAACCAUCGAGGUCAACGUAGAGAACGGCAUCCCAAAGACGGGCCAUCUUACCAAUAACGUAAGCACAAUUGUGCUCACACCAACAUUUCUGACUGGAGUCGACAAUGACAAGAAAAAUCUCCUAACUACAGAAAAGACUGUUGAGAAAUAUUGAUCGUCUAAGUAUAUGAUUCACAAUAGUACAUUAGUUAACUAAUGCAGGAAAGUAGAUUUUUGUCUUUUUAUCAGAACUUAGUUCUUAAACAUGUCAUGUACAGUAUUUUUUAAAACAACGUGUACAAAGCGCGAAUUUAAACGCACGUUUUUCACUGAGCGUGUGGCAAAGUAACGUUUCGUACAAUGUGCUGAAAACAUAUCUUUCGUGAUAUGGAUCUUUAUGGCGAUUCAGUGUAUUACAAUUCUAGAAUCACAAUAAUAUUCUUUUAGCUUUGCCAAAACUACACGUGUAGUAGUCUUAUGUGAGAGCUCAUGAUAAGGCAGACUAAUAAUUAUAAAGUUUAAUUAGAUAUGAGUUUUCUCUGUAAAUAACAUCAUACUAUUUUCGUACUCAAUUAUUAAUUUUUAACGAUAUUACAUGUGCUUUUAUAUUCUUAUAUUGUAUGCACGUAUUUUCUGUACAAGCCGGAUUCCAUCGAUGAAAAUGUUUACAACUCUCCAUGUAUAUUUUUGAUAAAAAUAAAUUAUU